AUGUGCUGGGAGAUAUACAACAACGGUAUAGAACCGUAUCCAGGAAUGACUGUAGCGGAAGUUAAUCAGAAUGUUAAGGAAGGCUAUCGCAUGGAACUGCCGCCAAAUGUUCACCCUGAUAUACAAGUCUAUGUAAAGGUAAACAUGUUGGUCGGAAAAUCGCCCAACGACACGAAUUUUUCAAUGGCAGAACUUGCUAAACACUUCCAGAGGACAUUACAGAUACCAAGGCCAAAAUUUGUGGAAAACCCGCACAAUCGUUUUUAA